CCUCCCCACAAACCUCAUUCCUCUCUCCUCUUUCUCUCUCUAAGUUCACUCUCAAACCUCGCACUAACUCCCCUUUCUCUACUCCCUCUCAACCCAAUUCCUCUCUCUAUCACAACUAAAACUACAACCUCUAUAGACUCUUUCUCUCUCUACUUCUUUUCACUCUCUCAUUUAACUCCAACACAAUUUUCAUGUUUUAACUCCCAACACAAAGGCCCCCCCCCCUCUCUCUCUCUGUUGAGAAUUCGGAGCAGGUUUGAGCAUGGCGGCAAUUGUAACAACAUUGUUUCUCUUCAUUUCAUUCUUUUCCUUCAUUUGGGUUCUUGCCGGACAUCUGCGUCGCGGGCGGCGCAGAUUGCCCCUGCCGCCGGGGUCGUUAGGCUGGCCGUACAUCGGCGAGACCUUCCAACUGUAUUCCCAAAAUCCAAACACUUUCUUUGCUCAAAAGCAACAGAGGUAUGGUUCAGUGUUCAAGACCCACAUACUUGGGUGUCCAUGUAUUAUGAUAUCAAGCCCAGAAGGUGCAAGAUUUGUGCUAGUAACUCAGGCUCAUCUGUUUAAGCCUACAUUUCCAGCUAGCAAAGAGAAGAUGAUGGGGCCUCAAGCUCUGUUUUUUCACCAAGGGGAUUACCACAUGAAGCUUAGGAAGCUUGUUUUGAGGGCCUUCUUACCUGAGAGCCUCAAGCCCAAAGUUGCAGACAUCGAGACUGUCGCCAUUGAUUCCUUGGCUUCCUGGGAUGGAAACACCAUCAACACCUUUCAAGAGAUGAAGACAGUUUCAACUCUUAGUAAACUCCAAGGGGCAUCACUCACACAAUAUAAACUUAAGUAUGCAUUCAAUGUGGCACUACUUUCCAUAUUUGGAAAGGAUGAGCUCCCCUUCAUUGAGGAGCUUAAAGAGGCCUACUAUACACUGGAGAAAGGCUACAACUCCAUGCCCAUCAACCUCCCUGGAACUCUAUUUAAUAAGGCAAUGAAGGCAAGGAAAAGGCUGAGCCAGAUUUCAGCAGAGAUCAUAUCAUCCAGAAGGGUGACAAAAAUGGAAAGUAAUGACCUUCUUGGCUCUUUCAUGGGAGCCAAAGAAGCCCUAACUGACGAACAAAUUGCAGACAAUGUUAUUGGUGUCAUAUUUGCAGCAAGAGAUACCACUGCCAGUGUCUUAACAUGGAUCAUCAAAUACCUUGGAGAAAACCCAAGAUUCCUUCAAGCUGUCACAGAAGAGCAAGAAGCCAUUGUGAAGUCCAAUGGAGAAAAAAAGCCUCUAAGUUGGGCUGAUACAAAGAACAUGCCCUUAACUUCUAGGGUUAUCCAAGAGACUUUAAGGGUGGCUACAAUUCUUUCUUUUACAUUCAGAGAAGCAGUUGAAGAUGUAGAAUUUGAAGGUUAUUUGAUUCCCAAAGGAUGGAAGGUGUUGCCUUUAUUUAGGAAUAUUCAUCAUAGCCCUGAUAUUUUCCCUGAUCCAGAGAAAUUUGACCCCUCCAGAUUUGAGGUUGCUCCAAAGCCCAACACCUUCAUGCCUUUUGGCAAUGGAAUUCACUCCUGUCCAGGAAAUGAAUUGGCAAAAUUGGAAAUCUUAAUUCUUCUCCAUCACCUAACCACAAAAUAUAGGUGGACUGUAAUGGGUUCAAAUAAUGGAAUUCAGUAUAGCCCAUUUCCACUUCCCCAGAAUGGAUUGCCUAUCAAAUUCUCUGUCAAGACUUAGGCGUAUUUGCGUGUGGGCGACUGUAUCUUCUUUUCAAUUUUGGAUGAGAUCCAUUACUGGGGUGGUGGGGAGAGAGAGAAUAGUAAUUGGAUCCCUUCUCCUUUUCCGACAAAAAGGGUCAGUAAAGGAGAGAACGAGUUCGAAGAACAGGGAAGCAAGAGAAUUUUGAAAUUAAACAUGUUAGAGAGAGAGAAUUCAUGAUGGUUAGUAGUUCAUAGGCCAAUAUGAAAAGAUUCACACAUUUUUUUUUUCAUGGAGGGAGAGAUACGUCCAAUAUAAAUGUCUGCUCUGGUUCUGCCUUCAGCGAUUCAGAAGAGAAGGUGGUAAAGAAAGGGGAAAACCCCUUCAGAUUUUUUGUUGGAUGCCUAUAAUGUAAUUUUACUCCUUUUAAUCUGUAAUGGGAAAGGCCCCAAGUUCUAAUUUCUUGAGAGGAAAGUUAAUGCAAAGGAGAACAAUUCAGGAUGUUGCAUGACAUUUCGUUGUGUUUCAACAAGAAGAAGAACAUGGUUCUGUGUAAGGGUUUUUUUUUUUUGAUUUGUGAGAUUACCACGCGAUUAAAGAUCUUCUGGCGAGAGACCGGUAAUGAGCAGAAGAUCCUCAUGAAGAAUAAACUGAGAUUGAUAACAUCUUCGAAGAAAACGAUUUUGUUCCAUUGAACCUUCCUGACUUUCAUUGUUUUAGUGGGUUGUUCUCUUCUUUUACUGGAUGUAGACCACAAGGAUAAAUCACAUUAAAUCUUAGUGUCUGGUGUUUAGUUGUUUUCAUUGUUUCUUGGUUCCUGCAUAAUCACCGACACACAUAAGUGUUUGAUA